AUGUCUUCUUCUACUUCAAUGGACUUACUCUUUGCUCUGCUCCUUCUAGCAUCUCCUGUGGCUCUGGCCAAGUCUUCUCCCUCCGUUCCUGCCAUUUUUACCUUCGGUGACUCCAUUUUCGACGCCGGAAACAACCAUUUCAACAAAAACUGCACCGCUCAGGCCGAUUUUCCUCCUUACGGUUCUUCCUUCUUCCACCGUCCUACAGGGAGAUUCACUAACGGAAGAACCGUAGCUGACUUCAUCUCUCAAUUUCUAGGUCUUCCAUUACAGAAACCAUACAUGGAACUCCAGAUUCGAAUCUCAAACGGAACCAUAAAACGAUUUCCUUCGAAUGGCGUUAACUUUGCUAGUGCCGGUAGUGGUCUCUUGCUUGAUACCAACAAAGCCAUGGGCGUAACACCGAUCCAAACUCAGCUUCAGCAAUUUCAGACACUUGUAGAGCAGAACCAACUCGAAAAAUCUACAAUCCAAGAAUCUCUCUUCUUAUUGGAGUCUGGUUCCAACGACAUUUUUAAUUAUUUUCUUCCAUUCGAAACUCCUACACUCACUCCAGACGACUAUGUGAACGCAAUGUUAACUCAAGUGAACAAAACGAUUGAUCAGAUCUACAAACUAGGCGCACGUCGCAUCGCCUUAUUCUCCUUAGGUCCUGUGGGAUGUGUACCUGCAAGAGCCUUGCUUCCUAAUGCCCCGACCGAUAAAUGCUUCGGUAAAAUGAAUGUUAUGGCUAAAAAAUUUAAUAGAGGACUUGAAGAUAUAGUUAACAUAAUCCCCACUAAGUACCCUGGAGCUAUCGCGGUGUUCGGAGCUAUGUAUGGUAUCACUCAUAGAUUCCAAACAUUCCCUGCUCGUUACGGGUUUUCGGAUGUGUCGAAUGCGUGUUGUGGAGACGGGAAACUGGGAGGAUUGAUGCAGUGUGGAAGAGAAGGAUACAAGAUUUGCAAUAACUCGAAUGAGUUUAUGUUUUGGGAUUUUUAUCAUCCUACAGAACGUACUUACCAUCUCAUGUCAAAAGCUUUGUGGAAUGGUAAAAAAAACCAAAUCAGACCGUUUAAUCUCAUGGCUCUUGCUACCAACAUGACAUUUUAA